CCACAUCCCUCCCUUCCCUCUUCUUCUUCUUCUUCUUCAGUUCUUCUAGCCCACUCACAUUGUACUGACAGAAUGAAAGAGGGCCUAACCGAAGUAUCUGGAUCCCGAACCAGAAUGUCCAAGAAACUCUUCUUGGCCAUUUUUGGAUCUCUCUUAAUUGCGGCGACAAUAAUUGGCAUUGUUGUCGGUGUAAAUUCACGCCAAAACGACAAUGCUGAAAUGUCCUCUGCCUCCCACGCCGUACUGAAAUCCGCUUGUAGCAGCACAAGGUUCCCGGAUUUGUGCUUCUCAGCUCUCGCAACAGUCUCCGGCGCCACAACCAACUUAGCGUCGCAGAAGGACGUGAUCGAGAAGUCACUGAACCUCACAAUCACUGCAGUUGAGCACAACUACUUGGGAAUUGCAAAGGUGAUGAGGAAGAGAAAGGGCCUGACGAAGCGGGAAAAGACCGCGCUCAACGAUUGUCUGGAGACGAUCGACGAGACACUGGACGAGUUACACGAGGUCGUUGAGGACCUCCACAAGUAUCCUAACAAGAAAUCGUUAUCACAACACGCUGACGAUUUGAAGACUCUGCUUAGCGCCGCGAUAACCAAUCAGGAGACGUGCUUGGACGGGUUCUCACACGAUGACGCGGACAAGCGCGUGCGAGAGACGCUCUUGGAUGGCCAGGUUCACGUGGAGAAGAUGUGCAGCAACGUACUGGCGAUGAUCAAGAACAUGACCGAUACCGAUAUUGCUAACGAGAUGCUGAAGACGAAAAACAGGAAGUUACUGGAGGAGGAGAAAGAAGAAAGUGUGGACGGGAUUGUGUGGCCGGAGUGGUUGUCGGCGGGGGACAGGAGGUUGUUGCAGUCGUCAUCGGUAACGCCGGAUACAGUGGUGGCAGCGGAUGGGAGCGGGAAUCACAGGACAGUGUCGGCCGCAGUGGCGGCGGCGCCUAGUAAGAGCAGUAAAAGAUAUGUGAUUAGAAUUAAAGCUGGUGUUUAUAGAGAAAAUGUUGAUAUUCCGAAGGGUAAGACCAACAUUAUGUUCUUGGGAGAUGGAAGGAAGACCACCAUCAUCACUGCAAGUCGGAAUGUCGUCGACGGAAGCACAACGUUUCACUCUGCCACUGUUGCUGCGGUGGGAGCAAAUUUCCUGGCACGCGAUAUAACAUUCCAAAACACUGCGGGACCAUCGAAGCACCAAGCCGUUGCGCUCCGCGUGGGGUCAGACCUCUCCGCAUUCUACCAAUGCGAUAUGAUUGCCUACCAAGACACGCUCUACGUCCACUCCAAUCGUCAAUUCUACAUCAACUGCUACGUAGCAGGCACUGUCGACUUCAUCUUCGGCAACGCCGCCGCAGUCCUCCAAGACUGCGAUAUCCACGCCCGAAGACCCAACAGUGGCCAGAAAAACAUGGUCACUGCCCAAGGCAGGACUGACCCAAAUCAGAACACUGGAAUUGUCAUCCAGAAAUCCAGAAUUGGUGCCACCUCGGACUUGAAACCUGUCCAGAGCAGCUUCCCCACUUUCCUGGGCAGGCCGUGGAAGGAAUAUUCGAGGACAGUUGUGAUGCAAAGUGUGAUCAGUGAUGUGAUUGAUCCUGCUGGGUGGCAUAUAUGGGAUGGUAAUUUUGCUUUGAGCACAUUGUAUUACGGUGAGUAUCAGAACACUGGAGCAGGUGCUGGGACAUCGAAGAGGGUUACGUGGAAGGGGUAUAGGGUGAUUACAAGUGCAACCGAGGCUCAAGGUUUCACUCCUGGGAGGUUCAUUGCUGGUGGUAGUUGGUUGCCCUCUACUGGGUUUCCAUACUCUCUUGGUCUGUAGCCUGAAGGUGGGUUAGUUAAUGAUCUAGCGACCACCAUUAGUAAUCAUAGCGUGUAGCCAUUUGUCCUUUUAUGUGAUGAUUUGAUGAGUUUUCUUGUCCGGGAAUUGAUGGGUUUGGUUCUCGAUUAAAUGAAUAAGAGUUGUAUGGUUUGUAAUGUUAACAUUGAUCGAGCGAAUUAUUUAUUAUAUACGUAAAUAAAAUAUUCGCCAUCAAAUUGAAUACACUAAA